AUGGUUGCGCGGCUAAGCCCGCUCUGGGAUGUGAAGCGAGGGAGGGUCGGUGCGGACAAGCGUGCCGCCUCUGUCCGCACCACUGCCCCGCCCCUGACGGCGCCAGCUGUGGAGGUGAUGGCCGGGGAUGUGCGUGCGCGAGACCGUGCGAGGACGACUCGGGAUGCGCGUGCGCAAAAGGGCUCCAAGGUACCGGGGCGCGCGGAGGCGGCUGAGGGCGUGCGUGCGCAGAACCGCGAGAAGAUGCCUGGGGCGCGCGUGCGCGUGCGCGUGCGCAGCAGUGGGCGCGCGUGCGCGGUGCGGCGCGGGAAGGCGGGCGCGCGCAGCUCUCCCCGCCCCCACCCGGGACCCUUGGGUUCCCGCGUCCCCCGGCGGGCCAUGAAGCGGAGUCCUCGGGCCCAUGUCCAGGCUCUCAGCGCGCUGCAGCGGCGUCUCCGCGGCCCGGAACCCGCUUCCGGUGGCCGGCUGCGCCUGGGCUCGGCCGCCCUCAGUUUCCCCAUCAGUGCGCCCUCGCACAGCCUCAGUUUCCCCAUCAGUGAAAUAGGCUCGCUAGUACCUGCCGCCCGCUCCAGGCUCCUUUCCUUCAACCCCAGAACAGCCAUGAAGCUGGGGACCAAGAGAGACUCUGCCUAUAGUACUAGCGUGUGCUACGGGGGCGUCUCCCCAGAGCCUGGGUCUGUUGCCAUGGGGCCUGAUGUCCUGGGUGUGAAGCUUAUCAGCGGAGAUGGGGGCUUCCCAGUGCCCCUUGCUCCUGAGUCAUGCAAUGCCACAGGGGGUUCCUCGGUGUCUUUUGACUCAUGGAAGACCCUGGGUGGUGCACACCAAAGGUGUGAAAUGCCUGUUCUUACUGUCGCCAGCGUCCUUGUCCUCCCAGCGUGCUUUGACGGGGCGCCUCAGCUGUGCACACCCAAUGUGAUCAAGGGCCGGUGUUGUCGGGUCCUUACCCUCUCCCUCCCUCCAGGUGUUGAGAAGCUGAUCCACCAUCUUCAGAAGCACGGCAUUCCUUGUGCUGUGGCCACCAGCUCAGGGACCACGUCCUUUGAGGAGAAGACGAGUCGGCACAGAGAAUUCUUCAGCCUCUUCCAUCACGUCGUGCUGGGGGAUGACGCGGAAGUGAAGAACGGCAAGCCGAGUCCGGACAUUUUCCUGGUUUGUGCAAAGAGGUUUACUCCCCCGCCUACCAUGGACAAGUGCCUCGUGUUUGAAGAUGCUCCCAACGGGGUGGAGGCGGCCCUGGCGGCGGGCAUGCAGGUGGUCAUGGUUCCCGAUGCACAGCUGAGCCGGGACCUGACCAGGAAGGCCACCGUGGUGCUGGGCUCCCUCCAGGACUUCCAGCCCGAGCUGUUUGGUCUGCCGCCCUAUGAGUGA